AUGCAAACCCUCUGGUCGAGAACGCUGCGGGCAACAAAAUGCGCCUGCCGCUGCCAACAAUGCCUCUCCUACUCGACCGCCGUCGCCCGCCGCUCGACCACUGCUUUUCGGAAGCGCUUGUCAGCAAUCCCAAGUUCAACAAUCAUCUACUCGGCCAUAUUCGCAUGUGCCGCCGUUGCCGAUGGCCGCGCAAAGCAGCAACGCAGGGAAAAAUGGGACCAUGCCAUUCAAGAGGUCAAAGACGAACUGAAGCCCGGCGAUGCAGAUGUGCGAACGCGCGAAGGGCGGGACGCUGGCCAGACGCGGGAUGGGAAGCGGGUAGAGGACAAGGCCGACCCUUCGAGGCUCAAAGAAGACAUAGAAGAAUUCGAGCUCGAAGGAAAAGAUGCCGAGGACGUGGCAGAAUGGCUGAAGAAGGAGGUUGAGGGUGUCAAGGACCCCGAAGCCGCAGAAGCUAUCAUGCGCGAGAAGCUGGGUAAGGCGAAAAAGCGUAGCUAUCAACGUAUGAUGGACGACAGGGAGGACGUAUCAAGACCUCGAGACAUCUUGGAGUGGGAGGAUGCGCGGAGAUACACCAUGACGAGUUCAGGACAACCGGAAUGGCCUGAGAACAUUGGGCCGUCUUUCAACCCCCACGAUUUCCCUCCGCAGUCGAUAUAUGCCACUGAUAGUCGGAAAAUAGAAGGACUAGAGUCCCGCUGGACCCGUCGAAAGCUACAGACCAUGAACUUAUCCAUGGCCAAGCUGGUGCUAUUCAUGGUUGAGGCAGCACACCUGCAUAAGUAUCCGAAUAGAAGAGAUUGGGACGACAAAUUGUCUGACUGCUGGCUGCCAGACAACGUGUACUGGAUAGCCAUGAAGGGAGAGCAGUCCAAGGAGAGGUUCGUCAGGAGUAUUGAAAAUUUCCUUCAACGGACCAAAAUGCCGAAAAAUCAGGACCGCGUCCCUGAAGUCAAGCCGAUAUUUGGAAAGUAUCCGUACUAUGAGCAGGACCCCGAUGGCCAAUUCCACCGAAAAUGCCACGCCAUGAAUGAACGGAUAUUCGAAAGCUUCGAUCAGUGUUUCCGUGGCGAACUUAACUUUCCCACUCUUGUCGGGGCCAUCUGCGAGGAGCUCCUCACCUCUCCGGCCCCGCCCAACAUCACGACCUACAACGCGCUGCUCCUGGGCUUCAGCCGGCUUAAGCGGCACGACAUAUGUUCCAUGGUCAUCAAAUCUCUCCACGAAGUCCACAUGCGGCCAGACGAGAUCACUUGCACCGCAGCACUCUCCUACCACAUCAACACCAACGACUCCCGCGGCUUCGUGCGGUUCGUGCAGCUCAUGACGGGCAUAACCACGGACAGCUACGCGCUAAUGCUGGCCAACCCGACGAUCCCGCUCACGCACCCGUCGACGCUGUACCGGCUGCAGAACCGCGUGGUGCGGCACCCGCGCAAGCCGGAGCGGCUGGUGCAAAAGGUGCACCCGACGCCGCGCGUGAUGAGCUCCAUCGUCGCGGGGCUGCUCAAGUUCCACGGGCUGGAGCGCGCGGCCGACAUCUGCGGCACGCUGGCGGCCGACGGCUGGGGCUUCGACGCCGACGCGCUGACGCGCUUCCUGCACGCCUGCGCGCAGCAGCGCGACUGGGCCUCGGGCGUCGCCAUCUGGCAGCAGCUGCAGGAGCUGCGCGCCCAGCGGCCCGCCUCGCGCCCGCUCGACCGCACCUCGUACAUCCAGAUGCUCGGCCUCUGCUACCGCUGCGACCGCCCGGACGUCUUUGACCAGGUCAUCCGCGAGGCCGAACACGCCGGCGGCUACCGCUCCCACGCCCUCCAAAAGGACUUCAAGAAGAUGCUCGGCCGCGGCGACAACGCCUUCGACGAGACCGAGUCGCGCCGCCAGGACUGGCUGUUGCGCUCUGAGAUGACCCAGCAGUUCAACGCUCAGAGCAAGUUCUUCGCGAAACAGGCUGCCGCUGAUGCUGCUGCUACUGCUGAGGCUGAGGCUGAGGCCGAGGCUGCUGCCGCCGCCGCUGCUAAGGCUGGCGCUGCGGUCGACGAAGAAGCCGUCAUCCAGAAGAUCCUGGACGACUUCGUUGGGCAGCCUGAGACCGAGCUUGCCUCGACCGGAAAACCGCCGGGGCCCUCGGAGAAGAAAACAUUUAUGAGCUCCAAUGACAAGGAUAGGCCGCAUAACUGGACGCUGGAUUGA